GACCAUGCGAUGUGAUUGAACACUGCAGAAAAGUUGUGUGGGUUCCCACUGAUUGAUGGAGUGGACAACAUCACUAUGUCUCACAGACUGACCAAGGAAGAGCUGGAUGAACAGUUUGAGCUGUUCUUAAAAGAGUCUGUUUCAGAUGACUCGGUGGAUUUGGGCGGCUCUGAGAAGCAGCCCUGUGCUAAAAGUGAUGAGAAAUCAGCCCUGAAACCAGCAGUGUCAUGGUGGCAAGAUGAUGAACACAGUGAUGGAGGAACAGGGAGAGGACUGCUGGGUUCGGGGAAGUCCUUCAGAAAGUCUUUGAGGAAGUGUCACCCUAUUCGCGAGGAGGAUGAGGAUCCAGGAGACGCUGGUUUGAAGGAAAAAGGGCUAGAAGCAGUUGUUCUCAGCAGCGUCAACACAGAGACGGAGGAAUCAGUGAUGGUACCAGCAGUGAACAUGACCAGCAUGGGCUUGGAAACUCUGGAUGAAGAAGAAGAGAAAGCAAGUUUUUUUGCACGACUAGAAGCAGGAGCCUCAUCAACUAUAGAUUACUCCAAACUGAACAGAGAGCUGAACAGAGAGUUCCACCAUUGGAAAGCUGAGGAAGCACCAGAGCAGAGUGAUAGUGGUCAGCAGAAGGCUGGAGGGACAGAGACCGUUAGAACCUCCCCAGCUUUGACAGGCUCUCCACACUACAGUGACGAUUUUGAGGAUGAGGAGAAACAGCCAGAGGACGAGGUUUGUUGA